GCUGCCAUGGAUACUGUGAAGACUUUCCUCACUGUCCUUUAUGUGCUUCUAUACAGAUGUUUCUGCUCAGAAAUGAACUGUAAUGAUGGAGAAUGUAAACCCAUUAAGGACACCACACAACUAUUCUGUGAGUGCCAUAAGAUGUACCGCGGUCCAGCUUGUAUUAUUGACUAUCCCGCUCUGGAAAGUAAGAUCAAUGGUAUGAUCUAUAAACCAGUCCCUGAUCUGACAACAGUUUAUUGUAGCGUCAAGGAGCUGAAGGACUACACACAAGAAAUAGUUGAGUCUGUUCAACAUGACAACCAGUGGACACAAAUAGUUGUGAAAUACAGCAAUGUGAUUCAUAAGUUUAGGAACAUCAGCACAUUACAUGCACAACUUAAAAAUGGUACGAUAACCCAACGGCACUAUCUGUCUGAAGUUGGAGCUCAGUUCACAGAGGAAAACUCUUUUCAGUUUAAUCUCACAGACUUUCACCACAUGAUGAUGGGCACUGGAGAAGAAAACAACAUUCUGGAUGUUUUUCGCAAGUCGCUGGUCCAGGACUCCCAAAGACAGUCUUCUGAGCCAGUAGAGUGCACAAAAUAUUACAUGGACCAGAUUGAUUAUUUUGUGCGCUACAUGUUUGCCCUUGAAAAGGAAGCUGUUUUAGCUUGGUCUAAAUAUCUAAUGGUCACUGGAAAGUCAGAGAACAUUGAUUUUGUUGAGAAGGUUUUUAAGGACUAUGUUUCACAGCAGUGGAGACUCUUCAAUAAAAAUGGAUGUGGCCCUCUGAAGGCUGCAGAUCUUCAGAACAACCAUUGUAAGGAGCAGUACCACAGCACAGCCCAGCAGCAGGUCAAAAUGAAAUGUAGUGGAUUAUUGAAGCCCUUCCCCGAGUCUGUGGGGUGUUCUGGAGGACAGUGGAGUGCUUUACCCGUGUGCUACUCUGAGCAGGUAAACGGACGAGUUGAGUGCAAAUCUGAAGGUGGAGUCACUGUCUGUAAGGCCUCAUGCUCGCCUGGCUGGGGCUCCGCCACACACCCUCUGCCUGCUGAGUAUAAAUGCCCAAAACCACCCUGUCCAUCCUUCACACCACACACAUGUAACAAUUGCACACAGAACAGUGUGUGUAAGGACCAUGAGGUCUGCACUGGCUCCUUUGGGACAUGUCUUGACACAUGCCUGGUUAAACCCUGUGGAGUAAACGCCAAAUGCUCAUCCUCCAAUCAUGACAGGACCUGCACUUGUGUGAGCCCUUGGAAAGGAGACCCAUACCAGGGCUGCAGGAGUCAGGACCUCCAGUGGGUUCAGACCGGAGGGGUGCUCAGCAAUGCUGUUCGUUCUAAUGCCCAACUUGCUGUGUGCAAAGCCAUUGGACCUGACAGCGGGUGGCACAGUGGUUUUGUAAACGAUCAAUGCUGUAAUUAUGAAUAUGAUGGAAGAAAGCAUCAGGCCAAUAGCUAUGAGGUGCUGGUUGAUCCGUGUGGAGGAAGUGGUUGGAAAUGGAUGGAGGGGGAACAGAGGAACAUGGUCUCAUAUGAUGAAUCAAAGAGGUUUCCUGGAGUCAAAUACUACGUGUGUAGCGGGAAAAGUGAUGGCCUUGUAGGGAAGCUUUUCAACACGCGACAAGGAUUUAUGUGCCAUAUUGCCAAGGACAAUACAAGAGAUGGAAGUUUCUAUGCUCUGGUUCCACAACCAUGUAUCUAAAGACCAUGUAUCUCAAUGCCAAGUUUCCCUU